AUGAACGAUCCCGACAUAAAAGUUUUACAAGACGAGAUCAAGGCGAUGGGUGAUGAAAUUAGGUCUUUGAAGACGGAGAAGGCCGAUCCUGCCUUGAUCAAGGCGAAAAUUGCUGCUAUGAUAGAGAAGAAGAAACUUCUUGGUGAUGGUCAAACAGAUCAAGGGAAAUUUGUACUGAAAACCGCCAAAGGGACGCGAGACUAUGGUCCUAAAUCAAUGGCUGUUAGAGAAUCUGUGCUUAAAAUCGUUACGGAUGCCUUUAAGCGACAUGGUGCAGAAACAAUUGAUACACCAGUUUUCGAGCUAAAGGAUGUUUUGAUGGGAAAGUAUGGUGAGGAAGGCGGUAAGCUCGUUUACGAUUUACAAGAUCAAGGAGGCGAACUAUUGUCAUUGCGAUAUGAUCUAACGGUUCCGUUUGCUCGAUACUUAGCUAUGAAUAAGAUAUCAAACAUCAAGAGGUAUCACAUUGCGAAGGUUUAUCGUAGAGAUCAGCCGGUCAUGACAAGAGGACGAUACAGGGAGUUCUACCAGUGUGAUUUCGAUAUCGCGGGACAGUAUGAUUUGAUGAUUCCCGAGGCAGAGUGUUUAAAAAUAGUUGACGAAGUUCUUUCGAAACUCGAAAUUGGCGAAUUUUAUGUCAAGUUGAACCAUCGUUAUAUUCUCGAAGGAAUGUUCGCCGCGUGUGGAGCAGGAUCAGAUCACUUCAAAACUGUUUGUUCAUCCAUAGACAAAUUGGACAAGCAACCAUGGAACGAGAUAGAAGAAGAGUUGAUUAAAGAGAAAGGAUUAUCAGGGGAUAAUACAGAAAAACUAGGAAAUUUUGUCAGGUUAAGAGAAUUCAAUCCUUCUAUGGGUAAUAUUGAGCUUUUGGAUAAAUUGAUAGGGUUCGAAGAGCUUGCGAAAAAUGAGCGUUUCAAGAAAGGUAUUGAAGAACUGAAGAUUCUCGUGAAUUAUUGUGCACUUUUUGGUGUGGGAUCCAUAAGAUUUGACCCUUCCCUAGCCAGAGGACUGGAUUACUAUACUGGUGCUAUUUACGAAGCUGUUGUUCCGAAAGCUCUGGAAGGUGUUGAUCUAGAAGCAAAUGGCGAGGAGCAGAAAGGUUUGCCUGUGGGUGUUGGAUCGGUUGCCGCAGGAGGAAGGUACGAUGAACUGGUUGGUAACUUUAUAGGAACCACAGGUCCUAAGGGAAAAGAAAAGCGGCAAGAUGUGCCUUGUGUAGGAGUUUCCUUUGGAAUAGAGCGAUUGUUUGCUAUAAUGGAGGCGAAAAUGCAGAUGGAGCAGAUGCAAGUGCGCACUACUGAGACUGAAGUGUUCAUUGCCUCUGCGCAGAAGAACCUUUUACAAGAGCGAAUGAAGCUUUGUAGACAACUUUGGGAUGAGGGGUUCAAGGUAGAAAUGGCAUAUAAAGCUAAUCCGAAGUUGCUAACUCAAUUGCAGUACUGCGAAGAUCGUUUCAUUCCAUUAGUACUGAUAAUUGGUGAGCGCGAAUUACAGGAAGGUGUUGUUAAACUACGAAACGUAAAGACAAGAGAAGAACAGGGGAAGAUGUCGAUGUCAAAGUCGUCAUACACGCAGUACAACAGGAAGAACUGGGAAGAUGCUGAUUUUCCUAUUUUAUGUCAAACAUGCCUCGGGAGUAAUCCAUACUUGAGAAUGAUGAAAGACAAAUUUGGCAAGGAAUGCAAGAUCUGCGAGCGUCCUUUCACUAACUUCCGUUGGCAGCCGGGAAAGGGAGCACGUUAUAAAAAUACUGAAUUGUGUCAGACGUGUGCUAAAGUGAAAAAUGUUUGCCAAACAUGCAUGUUCGAUUUGGAGUACGGACUUCCUGUACAAGUGCGUGACGCUGCUCUUCAAAUUGCGGAUAACAUUCCUCGUCAAGGAGCGAACAGAGACUUCUACCUUCAGAAUGUGGAACGUGCUCUUGCCAACACCGAUGGAACAACACCUAUCGGAGCACUGGCAAAUGUUGGUGAAUCGUCAGGGACCGAGAUGUUGAAGCGGUUGGCCCGCACUGCUCCUUAUUACAAAAGGAAUGCUCCACAUAUUUGUUCAUUCUAUGUGAAAGGCGAAUGUAAAAGAGGUGAAGAAUGUCCAUAUCGGCACGAAAAGCCGUCAGAUCCAGAUGACCCGUUGUCUACACAAAACAUCAGGGAUAGAUACUACGGAAGUAAUGACCCAGUUGCUGAGAAGAUUAUGAACAGAGCGAAAGCUAUGCCAGCAUUGGAACCACCUGCUGACACCACCAUCACGACACUUUACGUUGGAAAUCUCGGACCUGCUGGACAAAUUACGCAAAAAGACCUAAACGACUAUUUCUACCAAUUUGGUGAUAUCCGCAGUCUGAGGUUGCUGGAUGCGAAGUCCUGUGCCUUCAUACAAUUCACAACAAGAGAAGCUUGCGAAAUGGCUGCGGAAAGAUCGUUCAACAAACUGUUUUUGAAGGGUCGCCGCCUUGUAAUACGCUGGGGACAACCGCAGGCACAGAAAUCUGCCGAAGAGCGUCCUAUCAAUCCGGUACCAUCGCUUCCAAAUCCUUGCCCUGUACCCGACGACUUGACUCCGUCCAGUUCAAAACGCCAAAGGCUGGAUCCACUGAAUAUACCUCUGCCACCUGUCCCACCAACGUUUGCGCCAACAAAACUAGUGGUACCACCAUCCCGUCCAACGACGAGUGCAUCGUUGCCAACAACAGGAGAUGAGACGAGCAACUCCAACUGCACUGGAGGUAUUUACUAUCCGAGCCAAGAUCCUCAAAGACUCGGCGCCAAAGGAGAUGUCAUCGACGACUAA